AUGGAGCGCUCCAAUCAACUCGAGCCAACUCCGCCGGUGAACACCACGAACGACAGUUUUAUUACAGAUUCAGCAAUUGGGCACAUCAGCGCAGAGAGGCUCGCCUCUCAGAUCAGUCUGGCGGUGAUUCUCUCCGUUAUUACACUCGCCACAACUUUAUCUAACGCGUUCGUCAUAGCAACAAUUUCCCAGUCGAAGAAAUUGCAAACUCCUGCGAACUUUCUGAUCGCCUCUCUGGCGAUCACCGACCUGCUGGUGUCCAUUCUGGUGAUGCCCAUUUGCGUCUUGUACACUGUCACCCACACCUGGACGCUGGGGCAAAUUGUGUGCGACAUCUGGCUCUCCUCGGACAUAACGUGCUGCACGGCUUCUAUCCUGCACCUGUGCGUUAUCGCUUUGGAUAGGUACUGGGCCAUCACGGACGCGGUGGAGUACUCCAAAAAGCGCACGCCGGGGCGCGCAACUGGGAUGGUGGCCACAGCCUGGGUCAUUGCCAUCUCCAUCUCCCUGCCGCCUCUCUUCUGGAGGCAGGUGAAGGCGGAUGAGCUGACCAGCUGCAGCGUCAACACGGAUCAUAUUUUCUACACCAUCUACUCCACCUUUGGGGCUUUCUACAUCCCCACCUUGCUGCUUAUUGUCCUCUACGGACGGAUAUACGUCGAGGCCCGGAAACGGAUCCUGAAGCAGUCCCCGAAGAAGUUGGGGAAGAGACUCACCUCGGCGCACCUGGUCACCAACUCCCCUGGAUCCGUGGCGUCCACCACCUCUCUGCAUUGCGGGAGACACGACACCCUGUCCAGCGACACUGGGUCAUCAACAAGCGAGAACCAGGUGAAAGUUACGGUGUCAGAUGCGCUUUUGGAGAAAAAACGUAUUUCAGCAGCCAGAGAGAGAAAAGCGACCAAGACUUUGGGGAUAAUCCUUGGUGCUUAUAUUGUUUGCUGGCUGCCGUUUUUCAUUUACACAUUGGUGGUGUCCAUGUGUGACACAUGUUUUAACCCCGAGUUAUUUGACUUUUUCAACUGGUUGGGAUAUCUGAACUCGCUCAUCAACCCGAUCAUAUACACCAUGUCUAAUGAGGACUUCAAGAAAGCUUUCCAUAAACUUGUGCGCUUCAGAUGCUGCCGGUCAUAA